AUGCUGCGCGCCCUGCCGCCGGCGGCGCCCCUGCCGCCGCCACCGCCGCCCGAGUCCCCGCAGGGGGGCCCGGCGCUGCUGCUCACCAUGCACCCGCGGGUGGGCACGUCGAGGAAGCCCAGCGCCUGCGCCACCUGUCGGUCGCCCGCCGCUGGCGCAGGGCGCGGGGACUGCCAGCGCGCCGACGAGGGCGUGGCCCGCGCCUCGGCGGACAAGGUGAUGCCGCUCUGCGCCACGGACGAGAGCUUCUGCGGCACCUACGGGCCCGAGAGGGCGAUGCCUGCCUCCGCGUCGUCCCCGAAGACGGCGCCGAGGUCGCCGAGGAAGACCGCGCCAGUGCCCACGAGCAGCGGCGCGAAGGCCAGCAGCUCUUUCCGAAAGCGCCUGGAAGAGCUGGCGGACGACCACGAGAGGCUCUGUGCUGAGCUAUGUGGUCUUCGCGCUGAGAACAGUGGUUUGAAGGCGCAGCUUGGCGUGGAGGAGCGGGACGACUCGCCGGGAUUAUCGGAGGUGCAAGCUGCGCCUGCUCAUCAGAGGAGGCUAGUCAAGCAGUCGACCGUGCAUUUGCUGGCCGUGAUGGCGGAGGAGGCCGCGGGCGCCGAGGGCGACGGCCCCGCGCACGACGGGGCCCCGGCCGCGCACCACAGGCCGCCGCCGUCGCCGGUGGCGGUUGCGGCGCUCUCGGCGGACUGGCGGGCUCCCAUCCGUCGGCCAGACGUCCCGGAGGCGCCCGACCUGGAGCUGCUCAGCCUCGCCAGCUCGGCGAAGUCGCGCGGCGUCUUUCCCAAUUGGUUCAACCACCGGGCGCCGAACGCGCUGCAGCAGCGCUCGAUGUCGGGCCUGUCCCGAGACCAGAUGUCGACAGUGUCGAAGAUGUACUCCACCAAUCGCGGGGUGCGCAAGCCGAUUAGGUAUCUCUUGCAGUGCCGAUGCAGAGCGUUUGCAAGCUCACUCGUGCAGCUCUCGUGCUGGGAGGCCCUCUGGGGCGGCGUGUGCCUCGCGGACCUGUGGCUGGUCUCCUCCGCCAUCACGUUCGUGCCGGGUGGCGGCCCUGGGUUCUUGGCCAUGAGCAUUGCGAGCUGGGUGUUCUCCGUGCUCGCUUGGGCAGAUGCCUGCGUGCACCUUCGGAGGAGCCUUCUCGACGAGAGCUUCAACCUUAAGCCUGUGAAGUCUGUGAACUGGGAGUAUUUGCUCCUAUGGCUCUGGGUCGAUGCCGUGGCGUCGGUGCCGGUCUACGUGUUCCUGGGCCUCGUGUGGACCGGGCCGGUGCUCUCGUGCACCCUCGUGCUCGCGAAGCUGGUGCGGGCCUUCAGGGCGUGCCAGCGCUGCUCCUGCCGGAAGAUCUGGGCCCUCGACGCGGCCGUGCAGGGCGAUUUCCGCGGGUACGGCAGGUGGGAGCAGGCCUGUCGGAUGCCCUCAGUCCUCUGGCUCUUGAACUUCCGGGGGGCCUUUAUCUCGCUGGUGUUUAUGGCGCACGCCAACGCGUGCGUCUGGGCGGCCUCGCACCCGGACUGGGAGAGCGAGACCGGACUGGGCGACGGCUUGGCGGACUACUGGGAGGCCUUCUACACAAUGAACCUGGAGCUCGCGAUCGGCACGACCCGUUUCCAAGGGCUACAGGUGCUCCUCUCUGUGGAGCGCUUCGUGAUCAGUGGGUACCUCCUGUUCUGGAUCGUCGUGUGGGCGCACGUCGCCAGGGAGGAGAGCGCCACGUCCCUGGCGCCUCGCCGGACCCUGCAGUACCUGCGGCUGCACGGGACGAGCAGGGAAACGUACCAGCAGGUGGAGAAGUUCCUUCGCGAGGUAUCCUCGUUCCUCCGAGUGAAGGGCGACUUCGAGCUGACGAUGUCGAAGGCCCUGCCGGCGGACUUGUCCUGGAAGGUGCGCGAGUGCGCUGAGGUCUGA